AUGAAGUCCUGAGGACUGGAUCAUCAGUGUAAUUUGGAUACUUUAGUCACGGAGCCUUUAUCACAAAAUCGGGUGUCACAUCUUCUUGCAUUUUUCGGUCCCAAUCGUAUCCACAUUCCUCUUACUCCCGUUCAUGUCAAACUCUUCCGAGAGAUUCUCUCGCCUUUCUAUGUCUUCCAAAUAUUCAGUAUCAUACUGUGGAUGACCGCAGAAUACUACUACUACGCCUCAAUUAUCCUAUUGUUCUCUGCCGUUUCCAUAAUACUUUCAGCCUAUUCGUGUCGGAAAAACGAGCGUCGACUCCGAGACAAGGUCCAAAUGGCUGAAUCAGUAAUGGUUCUUCGACAGAAUUAUGAUGCUCCUCGAGUCGUUCCCUCUACAAACCUUGUUCCUGGAGAUAUUAUCUGUAUACCUCCACAGGGCUGCGAAAUGGUUGCUGAUGUCCUACUUCUUAGUGGAUCUUGUUCUGUCAAUGAGGCUAGCCUUACGGGCAAUCUAGAACUGAUUGGCGAAAGCAUUCCUCAAAAAAAGUCUCCCAUAACCGAACUCCCAACUAACGAAGAUCGAAAAAUUGAUAUCCGUCGAUUGGCUCGCCAUAUUCUCUUUAGUGGAACUCGGGUUCUCCAAGCUAGACCCUCUCACAUGGAGCCAUAUGUAAAGGCUGUCGUUCUACGCACAGGAUUUCUCACUGUGAAGGGUGAUCUGGUUAGAGCUAUCCUACAUCCUCGACCUCUGGAUAUUGAUUUCACUCUUGAUAGUUUUCGAUUUCUUUCAAUUAUGACUGUUAUCGCUAUUGCGGGAUCGGUCUAUACGUGGCUUAUUCUGUAUCAUUUCAAAUUCAGCAUUAGCACGCUGGUGCGCAAGUCGUUGGACAUUCUAACAAUCGUUGUUCCACCCGCGUUACCAGCAGUAAUGACCACUGGGCUUUAUCUCGCUCAAACACGACUGAAAAAAUUGGAAAUCUUUUGCAUCAAUCCUUCUGCUAUCAACGUAGCUGGAACACUUAACACCGUUGUCUUUGACAAGACUGGAACGCUUACAGAAGAGACCAUAUCAGUUAAAGGUGUUUGGCGACCCGAACUCUUUUAUAAUUCGUUGGAUCUUACCAAAGUGGAGGUUAUUUCCAAUGAUUCUUCUCCUUUUGCACCUGCCUUGGCUGCAUGCCACUCCUUGUCACUUGAUCCCAUUUCCUUUGAGGUGGUUGGCGACCCCCUUGACCGGGUCAUUUUCACUUCAACCAACUGGGUUUUCCGUGAUUAUGACUUAGAACAAUAUCGCAGACACUUCGAACAUCCUCUUCAUGGUGUCGUUUAUAAUUCAACGCUAGAUGAUGGUUCUCCUUGGAGUCGUUUGGGUAUUAUUCGACAUUUUCCUUUCUCGUCUGUGGCUCAGCGACAGUCUGUUGUUGUAGAGACUUCCGGUAACGGGGAGAUGGCUCUCCUUUGCAAGGGUGCUCCAGAAGCGAUAGCCGCACAUUGUGAUGCUCAAACACUGCCUUCAAACUUUGAGAAAGCACUUCAACACUUUACAGAGCAAGGUUAUCGAGUGCUUGCAUUGGCAUGGAAACCAAUCGAAGUUGAUGUUGGAGAGGGUGAAGUGUCUGCGCUUUCUAUGAAUCGUGAAGAACUUGAGUGCGAUCUUCGAUUUCUUGGACUGGUUGUGCUGGACAAUCCGUUGAAACUGGAGACUGGUCCUACUGUCAGAGAACUUCUGGAAGCAGAUUUUCGUGUGAUAAUGGCAACUGGAGAUAAUCUUCUAACCGGUGUUUCCGUCGCUCGUCAAUGCGGAAUGAUCGACAAUGCGGACGUGGUAGUUCAAGUCUCUCUGCCUGCUUCACCUGAUAACCUUCUUGAUUUUGAAGUGCUUGCAGCCUUUUCUGGUGGUAUUGACUCCGAGAAAUCGGAGUGGAUUUGCGCGAGUCUUAAAUCUCUAAUCCAAUCUGAUGUUGCUGCUGCCGGUACCUCAGAAACUUCUUCUCUUAUAAACUCAGGUGGAAUUCAUAGUAGUCCUUUUAGCCCAACUACCAAUUUACAUCUAGUUUUAACCGGCACAUCGUGGAAUUACAUCCGGGUUAAUUUACCAAGGUUUUUGCCUACUGUCCUCUCCCACGGCACCGUCUUUUCGCGUUUCUUACCCGACGAUAAGACUAAUUUGAUUAGAGCUCUACAGUCUUACAAAGGGGGUGAGAAGUGUCAACGCCAGAAUCGUGUAGCGAUGUGCGGUGACGGAGCGAAUGAUUGUGGAGCGCUGAAAGCGGCUGCCGUUGGAAUUGCUCUCAGUGACUGUGAAGCGAGUAUUUCUGCUCCCUUUACGUCGCGACAGCAGAACAUCACUUGUGUCUCCAGGGUUCUUAAAGAAGGCCGCAGUUCCCUGUCCACAGCAAUCGGUUCUUUCAAAUACAUGGUUCUUUACAGUUUUAUUCAAUUCUUCACAGUUCUACUUCUCUACUAUAUCGGCAAUACUCUUACAGAUCCUGAAUAUCUUGCUAUUGACCUCUUUAUUGUCGCUCCUCUCUCGGUGACAUUUGCAAUGAGCCGGCCAUGGAAGCAUCUAGAACCCAGUACACCUCCUCUACGCCUUUUGACACCAUCGAAUAUCAUGUCAGUUCUUACCCAUUUAGCACUCUCCAUUGGAGCUCAAGUAAUCGUCUUCAUCCUUGUUCAAAAGCAGCCUUGGUGGAGUCCUUUUCAGCCCUCGGAAGAUCGGUUGGAUAGUGCUGGUUCCUAUGAAACCACCGCACUAUUCUAUUUUUCAUCUUUUCAGUACGUUUUCGUCUGCACGGUUCUUGCUAAAGGUCCACCUUUUCGAGAGAAUGUCUAUGCCAAUGUUUGCUUUGCUCUCAACGUGCUUUUGGUACUGGGCAUGGUCAUCGGAUUCGUUCUAUUUACCCCAGCAUUCUUUGUCGAUUGGGCUCAUCUCCUGCCGCUGCACUUUCCUAAAGAUGUGGGCUUUCCAAGGUACAGUUUUACGGUGGCACUUGUUGUGAUGGCAAUGCUAUACUUUAUCAUGGCUUGGGGAGUGGAGAAAGUGAUUGAUGUUGUCACCUUGCGGAACGCAAACUACGCACCCGGGAAACACCCAUCCUCGAGAUUUGCUGAUAUAUUUUUGUGA